CGUGAAAUGUACAAAAAAAGGGUUUGUCCUAUUGUAUUAAUGUAGACGGGAGUGAUUUCGUAUUGUUUUUUUUACCGAAUCCUCUUCUUCAAAUCGUCUCGUUGCGUUUCGCUCUUUUUAUUGAAGAUUUUUCAACGAUCGACGCACCGAAGACGAAAGAAAGCCACGUCGAACCUCCGCCGAAUCUAAAAUCGAAAUAGUCUCCGAGGUUCCGGCGAAACGGGAACGGGAGGCUCGGAGAAUGAGAAACAGCGCUUAUCCCGUGUUGUCGUCGGUCGUUUAACGUCGUCCAGCCGCGUCGUUUCGGAUUGUGUGAUGGGAAGAAAAGGACGGAGUUGAACCGAGGAAAAACAAAAACAAAACAAGAAAAAAACGGAAAGAAGGACACGGCUGGUAAUCGUGAGAUGGCCGAUCCUAGGUCUUAAUACAAACAAAAUUUGACAAGUUUCCCAUUAAAAACCGGACAAAUACAACAAUGAACUCGACAGUGAUCAUUCAAGUCUACACGUGAUUCAUGGAAUCUGCGAAAAUAAUUGAAAAUAAAAUGUGGAAAAGUUCCGAAAUUUAAAGAGGUGGCUCUUUAUUUUAUCAAUCGGACGAAAAGUGAACAGUUUUUGACGGACGUCUUUCCACGAGAAAGAGGCUGAAUAAGGAAAAACAAAAGGAAUUCUUUGUUGGGAUUGUAUCUUCCAAAUAGGAAAUUGCCAUGUCCAAUAGUCAGUUGGUUGAUUCCUGCUUGAGGGUACUGCAGGAAAAACCACAGGAUAUGCCUCAAUACAUAGGACAACCUGACAUAGAGCAAACCAGUUCAUAUUCUGUUGAUGUUGGAUUCCAUCCAAGCAACGGUCAUGUAGAAAAUCAUUCUCCUUCAUCGUCCCAUCUUGCGAUUGAUUCUCUUAUCCAAAAACCAAACACUGCACAACAAGUGCCUUCAGUGUCUAAAGUAGCAUGUGAUGUACACCAACUAACACUUGAUGGUGGUGGCCCAGGAGUUGAUUAUGUCACUGUACCUAGUACAUACGCUGGAAUACCUCCACAUCCGUAUCCUUAUGAACAUCAUUUGCCUCAACAGCCUAUCGCUGAUCCUACUUAUCAGGCGGAUCAAGGAAGGCAUUACGUAGGCUACCAUGAUUAUGAGCACUACCCUUAUCCAGCAAUACCCACAUAUCCUGCUUAUACAUCCAGCAGAUAUGUCGAACAGGAUUAUACAGAUCGACCUCCAACACCUCCAAGCCCGAGUGAAAAAAGUGAAUCCUCCCAACAUGACGGUUAUGGGUUUGGCGGAUACGGAACUCUUCCUGUUUAUAAGAAUGAUUCUGACCUGCGAAGCUAUGAUGACACUGAACCUUUGGGUUGGCCGAAUCAUCAGGAUCCAGACUGGUCUUUCCAAAACCAGUCCGCUGAACAGAAGGGUGUUCGAUGGAGGGACCCCAAUCUGACUGAAGUAAUCAGCUUUCUGAGUAAUCCAAAUAAUGUUAUCAAAGCCAACGCAGCUGCCUACCUUCAGCAUUUAUGUUAUAUGGACGACCCUAACAAACAGAAGACUCGAGUUUUGGGAGGUAUUCCCCCACUUGUUAAUUUGCUAGGUCAUGAUACCCCUGAUGUUUAUAGGAACGCAUGUGGUGCAUUAAGAAAUCUAUCUUAUGGUAGACAAAACGAUGAAAAUAAGAGGGCCAUAAAAAAUUCAGGCGGUAUUCCUUUGCUCAUGAAUCUGUUAAGGAAAUCAGCUGAUGCUGAGGUUAAAGAAUUAGUUACGGGAGUUUUAUGGAAUCUUUCUUCUUGUGAGGAUCUCAAGAAAGCAAUUAUUGAUGAUGGCCUCACAAUAAUUGUUAAGCAAAUUAUUAUACCUCAUUCUGGCUGGGGUCCAAAUGCAGUAGGUGACACGUGCUGGUCUACUGUUUUUAGAAACACGUCAGGAGUUCUAAGGAAUGUAAGUUCUGCUGGGGAAUAUGCAAGAAAAAAGUUAAGAGAGUGUGAAGGGCUUGUAGAUUCAAUGCUUUAUGUUGUGCGACUUGCCAUAGAAAAAUCUAAUAUUAACAACAAAAGUGUUGAAAAUUGUGUAUGUAUAUUAAGAAAUUUGUCAUAUCGCUGUCAAGAAGUAGAAGAUCCAAAUUACGAUAAAAAUCCAUUACCUGUACAAUCUUCAAGGACUGUCGCUAACCCUAAAGGAGAGAAUCUAGGAUGCUUUGGUGCUAGUAAAAAGAAAAAAGACGCUGAUAUGGUAUUACAAAAAGAUACAAGCACUAGCCGAUCUCAAAGUCAACGAAAUGAACCCCUCUCUGGAAUGGAACUUCUUUGGCAACCAGAGGUAGUACAAGCUUAUCUUUGCCUGCUUCAAAGUUGUUCAAAUCCUGAAACACUCGAGGCCGCUGCAGGAGCUUUACAAAAUCUUGCGGCGUGUUAUUGGCAGCCUAGCAUAGAAAUAAGGGCAGCAGUUCGAAAAGAAAAGGGCCUACCAAUUUUAGUCGAAUUGUUAAGAAUGGAGGUAGAUAGAGUGGUCUGUGCGGUAGCUACUGCAUUGCGGAAUUUAGCUAUUGAUCAAAGAAACAAGGAACUUAUCGGCAAAUAUGCAAUGAGAGAUUUAGUCCAGAAGCUACCCUCUGGUAAUCCUCAACACGAUCAAGGAACGUCUGAUGAUACAAUUGCUGCAGUUUUAGCGACUCUAAAUGAAGUUAUUAAAAAAAAUGCAGAAUUUUCUAGAUCCCUACUUGAAUCAGGUGGUGUUGAAAGGCUUAUGAAUAUAACCAGACAGCGGCAAAGGUAUACCCCGAGGGUUUUGAAAUUCGCUGGCCAAGUACUUUUCACAAUGUGGCAGCAUCAAGAGUUGAGGGAGGUGUACAAAAAGCAUGGCUGGAAAGAGCAAGAUUUUGUUACAAAAACUGUGGCAGCUCGAAACGCUGGCCCUAAUUCACCUAGCAAUGCAAAUAGCACUCUAAAUCGGCCAAUGGCUAGUCAAGGUGGGACGCGUUAUGAAGACAGGACAAUGCAAUGUUUACCACCGGAUCCAAGAACAUCGGCAUCACCGAAUUUUCAACCAGUGAAACCUGGAGAACCUUUGUAUGCUCAGGUAAAUAGGGAAAAGAAAAAAAGUAACAGAGCUGUUGGAGUGGGUUCUGCGGAAGGUUGGGCUUACGACGAGAAUGCAACAAAAGGUUUAGUCGUCGAUCCGGCUUCUACACCAGGAGGUGAUUCAUGGGUUUAGUUUUUGUUCAUAUGCCAUAAAUUAGUAAACACUAUCGUUUUAAUGGAUUGACUCAUCAGUGAGGUUAAAGAUAAUUAGGUGUAUGUUCUUCAACUUCAAUUCACAAUAUUGUAUUGGAGGUGUGGAUUACAUAAUGUAAUUUUAAGAUAUGACUCAGUUUAUGCUAUGAGUACCAAAAAAUAACUGGAAAGAUGAUACUGCAAGGCAAACUUACGAGUUGAAAAAUUAAUAAUGUUCACUGUACUCGAACAAGGCAUCGCAAAUGAGCCAAGUACCGAUUAAAGCAGGCAAAUCGAGAAGACGCUGUUGGAGGAGGAUUUGCAACGUUAGUGAAGUUCCUUAUAUAUUGGAUUAACAAGUUGAAAUUAAUCCAUUUAGUUUUUGAUGGAACUAUUGAAUGUUACGCAUGCUUAAUCCGUUUGGAAAAAAAAGUAUAAAAUAAUUUCCCUAUUUAUAAUUUAAAACUACUUGAUUUUCUGUAAAUACCACUGUUGCAACAUGUUCUCAGAAAUUGGCAAAUUAAUUUCUCCUGCAGCUCUUUUUCUAAUUAAUUAAUAUUUAUAUAGACAUGGUGAAAAUGAAAUUCUGAGCCUAGAAUUUAAUUUGCCUUAUGUAUAUUUUAUUUAUUUAUUUAUAUAUUAUUUAUUGUUUCUUUGUAAAAAUUCGAUUCUUAAUGUU